UUUAUCAUUUCCUUCUUAGGCUGGUACGUGGUCUGGCAUCUUUUCUUAUCCAAGUUCAAGUUCCUCCGAGAACUUGUCUGUGAUAGUGCCUCCCUACAAGGAGAAAACGAAUCAUCUGAGUCAGCUGCAGAGUCAGAAUCCCCACUGACUCCACAGAAGACAAGAGCAAAAUCUGCACGACAGAGGAGAGCUCCAGCUGAAGAGGCCACCUAA